AUGGGAAGCAUAAAGAAAAUCUUGUGGAGAAAUAAUGUUCCAAGCUUGAGGACCAUGAACUUAAACAACAAUAACCACAUCAUGAACCAUUCGGAAACAAGGUUUUUAGUGGCAGACUACGUGAAAUACAGGAUGCAAAGACAGGGAUAUGAAUACAACUGCAAUCAACUUCCCCAUCCAACAAGAAUCAACCAAGUUUUGAGGAUUUUAGGAGAUGAAUUUGAACAGAAAUACAGAUCUAACUUUGAGGAUAUGAGGAACCAAAUACACAUUACCCCAGACACUGCCCAGCAAUGUUUCUUACAGAUCAUAGCAGAACUUUUUAGAGAUGGAGUAAGGUGGGGGAGAGUUAUAGCUCUGUUUGCAUUCACAGGCACAAUUGCUGCACAAUGUGUUGAACAAGAGAUGCCAAGUCUUGUGGACAAUAUUGUUGACUGGUCAUCAAACUACGUAAACACACAUCUUAUGUCAUGGAUAAAUGAAAAUGGAGGCUGGGAUGGCCUGAUCCAGUUCUACGAAGGAGGUAACAAAAUACAAGACCAACAGUGGCCAUCAUUUAAAACUAUAUUCAGCUAUGCUGCUGGGGCAGUGGGAAUUGUAACAAUAGGAGCCUUCCUUGCACAGAAAUCAUGAUAAUACGCACCUAUGGAAACGUCUACAUGUUGGUGGAUGUAUCUACAUGCUAGUGGAUAAAUGUACAUGCUAGUGGACACAUUUACAUGCUAGUGGAUAAAUGUACAUGCUAGUGGACACAUUUACAUGUUAGUGGACACUUUGGUAGAUACUAUUUGAUACAUUGUCAUACUAGUGGAUACUUUGUGUGUACAUUGUACAUCUACUUGUCAACAUAAGACGCAAUGUCUGUUUGCGAGUGGACACAUCUGCACUCAUGUAGACACAUCUUCAUCAGUCCAGAAAGUGCAACUCAACCAACAUAUGCCAGCUGUUAAACCAAAAAUGACAUUCGGAAGUUAGAUCUUAAUUAGCAUUAGCUGGAAAUUGCGC